AUGCGCGCUUCUCAGGUCUCGUUCUCCGGCAUGCCCACCGGCAAGAAAUACAUGGGCUGGUGGGGCGACAUGGGUGGCCCUGCGCAGCGCGGUAUCGUGCAGUACUCUGUGUCGCCGUUCCAGCAGAAUGCGAUGCGCGGCGCGCUGCACAGCUACAUCUUCUACGGCUUCAAGCGCAUCAUGCAGCAGGCUCCCUACUUUGCCGUGCCCUUCGCCGCAGGUUACGGUCUGAUCGCCUGGGCCAAGAGCAAGAACGCCUACUACAACUCCAAAGCCGGCCACGCCGAGCUUGCUCACGACGAGUAA